AUGUUUGCCUACGGUGUUGCUUGGGGGUUGUAUUUGUUGACUUUUAGAGCAGCACAGCAGAAACUGUUUAACUCUGAAAACAAAACGGCUUCUGCCACAGGCAAUAGCCAAAGUAGCAGCGGUAAAACUUUGCGGGACUUUUUGAGUGCGUGCGUGGCCGCUGUAAUUACUGGUAUUGUUAUUACACCGCUGAAUCUGUUGAAAACUCGUAGACAGUUGUACGAAAUGGACACCUACGGCAAACCGCGCGGUGUCUUUGGCGGAAUAAGAAAUAUUGUAAAAAGGGAAGGGUUCUCUUCUUUACUUCGCGCUCUUGGACCACAAAUCCUUUUGACCGGAGGCACCACAAUUCAGGUAAGCCUCUACGAGACCUUAAAGCGCGGGUUUUUCCAGGAUGAAACUCAUCCCUCGUUUAUAGAGGUGGUGGCUGCGUCGGCAGCCUCAAAGGCGGCAGCCUCAGCAAUAUGUAAUCCUCUUGAGGUUGUGCGAACUCGCCUGCAGGACCUACACCACCGUUCUUUGAAGGGGUAUGAUUCGAUGUGGGGGGCAUUCAGUACCAUUUGGCGUACUGAAGGUAUUCGUGGUCUCUACAGAGGCCUUCAUGUGAAUCUAUGCCGUGUUAUCCCGACAACGGUGGCGACGGUUGUUUUGUACGAGGAGUUUCUCUUGGCGUUCUCUUCUUUCGACCAUUGGAAAAUUAACUUUCCGCUUACUGAGGCGUCGUUUGACAUUGACCCAGGUGAUUGGAUAGACACGAGUCCAAUGGAGUAA